AUGCCGGUUUUGACAAGCCCCGACAUUGCCAACAAGUUUAAGGAGAAAUGGCUGGCGGUGUUCCCGGAGGAUCAGGUCACCGGGUGUGACUCUGCCCCCCUCGACGACAGCCUGACCAGCCUCCACUGGCUCCAGAAUUUCUCCAUCCUCAACGCGGACCCGGAGCGGCCCAACGGGUGUCCUUCCUCGCAGCAGCAUAUUUUUUUCAAACGCCUUGGCUUUCCCAGAGCUGGCACCGACUCUCCGUCCAGCCCUCCUGCCGGAGACACCGCCGCCACCGGGAUGCCUCUGUACCUCGGAAGCCCUGUCACCUCCGGCAGCGACUCCAAGACGGCACCGCAGUUUCCCAACUGUGCGCACCCCACAGUCGGGUACGCGCAGAUCCCGGUACAGGCAAGCGCUCCAGUGGAAGUGGACUACAAAACCAACCCUAAAGUCAAACCGCCCUAUUCCUACGCCUCUCUCAUCUGCAUGGCUAUGCAGGCGAGCAAACAGCCCAAAGUGACUCUAUCUACCAUCUAUAACUGGAUAACGGAGAAUUUCUGCUACUACAGACACGCGGAGCCCAGCUGGCAGAACUCUAUUCGUCACAACCUGUCCCUCAAUAAGUGUUUUAAGAAGGUCCCAAGACAGAAAGAUGAGCCGGGGAAGGGAGGCUUCUGGCAGAUCGAUCCUCAAUACGCCGACAUGUUUGUCAAUGGCAUCUUCAAACGCAGGAGGAUGUCUGCUAACCACUACAGUAGCGGCAGCGGCUCUCAAAGGCAGAAUAAAGUGACUCAGGGUUAUCACAGCAGCCAAAAUACCUGCCCUCACCAGGGGUUUGGUGGCAAACAGAAGCACCUGGCGUCUAAGAGCAACAGUAGGGCCACAGAAUCCCCCCUGUUGGCCACAAAAGCCAGCAAAGCAGACACCGUGAGGGGGGACUUUGACCUGGCGUCUGUGUUUGACGACGUUCUCAGCGGGAGCAGCAGCACCUUUGAGGAUCUGGACAUCAACACGGCACUGAGCUCCCUUGGCUGUGAGAUGGAGGUUUCCAUGCAGGACAGGCAGCACUCAGCAGGGCUGGGAAGGUGGUGUGGAGGAGGUGAUGUUUUGAGCCAGAGCCUGCACCAUCCUCAUCAUCAGUCCUAUGGUUACAUGGACCUAAGUGCUGCUUCUAUUGAGUGCAUGGCCAACAUGGGAGAGCUCCAUAUGCCUCAGCAGCAGCAACCACAGCAAAGGCAGCAGCAGCUGGAGCAAGAUCAGCUGCUCCUGAGCCACCACCACCCGCAGCAUUUUGAGGAGCCGGCCACGCUGUUCCCAGAGCAGCCAGGAGAGGCAGUGCUGCAACCGUGGGAGGAGAUUAAAGAGGAGGCACAGGCCAUUCCUCUGAGCCUGGAUCAGGGAUUUGGUCUGUAUGAGGGCUUCUUCACAGAGAUACAGUCGUGGGAAUGA